UUAUUUUAGCUGGCGCCCCUGUGACUCACUACUAGUCGAAACCCUAAUUGUGAGAGACAGGUUUUUCAUCCUCCCAAAAACACAGAGAGAGAGAGAGAGAGAGAGAUUCUUGCGUACCAAGCCAAGCCAUCAAUGACGAAGAAGAGGGGGAGAGAGAGGCAUCGAAAUCCAAAGCCGUUCCUCGCCGAAGACGAUGUCUCUGUGGCUUCCACAAAGCUAACCAAACAGCCCAAAAUGGUGCGCAAGCGCCAAGAGAAUCUAGUUUUAUCAGCAGGCAUGAGCUCGAAAAUUCUCAGGGAAGCUCAGAUUCAGGAGAAGGAGAUCGAGGAAGAGGAGAACACAAACGCCUUCACUGAAGAGCCGCACAACGAUGAAGAGGACGACGAUGACUUUGAUACGUUCCUUGAAACACAUAGAGAGGAUGAAGCAAACAAAGUGAUGGAGGCCAUAAUGAAUGAGACUGAAGAUGAAGAUGAGGAGAAGUUACUAGAGCGAUUCUUAUCAAAGGAGGAGGGUGAUGAUGGUCCACAGCGUAAUCUCGCAGACCUCGUACUUGCAACCAUUAAGAACAAACAGUAUGAUGUCACCUCAGAUGCUAGGUCUUUCGUUAAAAUGGAUACAGAUUUCAUGGAAGUCUACAAGGGGGUUGCAAAGUUUAUGAAAAGCUACAGUGCCGGCAAGAUUGCCAAACCAUUCAAAUUUAUCCCGGCAAUGCAACAAUGGGAGGAUGCCCUCUAUUUCACUGAGCCUGAUAAUUGGUCACCAACUGCUAUGUAUGAAGCUACAAGAAUUCUUGCUUCUAAUUUGACUCCGCAAAAAGCAGAACGUUUCUACAAGCAUGUCUUGCUCCCACGGGUGAGACGAGACAUUCGGAAUAAGAAGAAGAAGAAGCCCUUGCAUUUUUCCCUGUAUCAAUCUCUAAGGAAGUCCGUCCACAAGCGUGCUGCCUUUUUUAAAGGAAUACUGUUGCCUUUGUGUGAGUCAAGGACAUGCACUCUAAAAGAAGCCUCCGUUGUUGGGAGCAUCAUACAAAAGGUUCGAAUUUCUGCAAGUCAUGCAGGUGCUGCAAUGAUGAUGCUAGCAGAGAUGGAAUAUAGCAGCGCAAGAAGUUAUUUUAUAAAGCUUCUUUUGGAGAAACAGUAUGCUUUGCCAAAUCCUGUAAUCGAGGCUCUUGUUGCACAUUUUAUGAGAUCUGUGGAGGAACCAAGAGUAAUGCCUGUGAUAUGGCACCAGUCUCUUCUUGCAUUUGUGGAAAGGUACAAAAAUGAUAUAACAAAGGACAACAAAGAUAAGCUUAGGAAUCUUCUUGAAGCACAAAACCACCGUGAGAUUACUCCUGAAAUAAGAAGGGAGCUAUUUCAUAGCUGCAAUCAUGGUGAGAAGGAGCAUGAUCGUGCGUCAAGUGAUUCUCUGAUGUCUGUGUUCAAUAAACCAAUCGAUGAAGACAUGUUUGAUAUUCCAGAGGUGCCUAUGGAGGAUGACUAAUUCAAUACUAGAUUUGCAGGUGGGUCUGGCUAAAGAAAUAAUGCACAAGUACAUGCUUGGGAGGAAAUGCAAUACUGUUCUUGCAUUGGAAUGGCAUUAAUGUAGCCACCUGGUAUCAGGCAGUCAAUGUGGUUACUUUUGUACCAGUAUUUUAGUUUUAUGUUUUGGGUUGGGGUAUGACACAAUGAAUCCUCAAACCCAGAAAUGAUUUUUCCUUAGCCCUCUUGUAGAGUUAAGGCUUCUACCUUUUGGGUUGGGGUAUGAAUAUGACACAAUGAACCCUCAAAUCCAAAAUGAGUUUUCCUUAGUCCCCUAGUAGAGUUAAGGCUUCUACUCUUUUGGCGGGAAGAGAUGAUUGGACAAGUCUUUUGUACCCAACUUGUUAAUUUAUUUUCUGGAGUGAAAUUUAUCAAACUAUUGUUUUCUUUUUAGAAAAUUUUCCUUUUUGGUCUACCUGCUUUAAGGAUGCUUUCUCAAAGACUUGACUUUAAUUGGUCAUGAUGUUUUUCUUUGGUCAAAUGUUUUGCCAUGGAGG